CCGUGAGAUCUCUUCGGAUCAGAAAAGUUCAAUGCAGUAUGCAGGUUUACGUUACCGUCCAUGUUUUCGAGCGGCCGGAAUCUGGAACUGUUCAUCGGAGGUCGGACUCCGGCGGCGGCAAGUGCUAGAGCAGAUGGACAGAGAGUUGGCCAAAGGCGAUGAUCGAGCGGCUCUCUUCCUCCUCAAGGAAUCGCAGGGGAAGGCCGAGGGCGUUCGAUGCUUCGGCGCUGCUCGUCAGAUUCCACAAAGACUCUAUACAUUGGAAGAGCUGAAGCUAAAUGGAAUUGAAACCUCAUCUCUUUUAUCACCAUUGGAUACAACUCUUGGUUCCAUUGAAAGAAAUGUUCAACUUGCUGCUGCUUUGCUUGCUGUUUCUGCUUGGAAUCUCUUUGAUCUUAGUCCCCAACAAAUCUUCUACCUCUCUCUGGGAUUCCUGUUGUUUUGGACUCUCGAUUUGGUGGCUUUGAAUGGGGGAGUUGGAAGUUUGGUUCUUGAUACAAUUGGUCAUACUUUUAGUAAGAAGUACCAUAACAGAGUUAUUCAAUCAAUGGAAACACAGCAUGAAGCUGGGCAUUUCUUGAUUGCCUACUUGCUCGGAGUUCUUCCGAAGGGCUACACGACGUCGAGUUUUGAAGCGUUUCGGAACGAAGGCUCUCUCAAUCUUCAGGCUGGAACUGCUUUUGUUGAUUUUGAAUUCCUUGAAGAAAUCAAUGCAGGGAAAGUUUCGGCCACGAUGUUGAACAGAUUUUCAUGCAUAGCACUUGCUGGUGUAGCUACUGAGUAUCUUCUAUAUGGAUGUGCUGAGGGAGGUCUUGCUGAUAUUAACAAGUUGGAUAUGUUGUUGAAAGGGCUGGGGUUUACACAAAAGAAGGCAGAUUCUCAAGUAAGAUGGGCAGUUUUGAACACUGUUUUGAUAUUGCGCCGCCAUGAAAGUGCAAGAGCUAAGCUUGCAGAUGCUAUGUCUUCUGGAAAAUCUGUAGGGAAUUGUAUUGACAUUAUAGAGAAUAAUAUUCAUCUUCCUGACCUUUUGACCUAAUUUACGACAUAUUUGUGCGACUCAUUUUUUAAACGAAUAAAUCACUCUGAAACACAUUAUUUUUAA